AAAGCGCGUAAACAACCCGCUUUCAUUUUUCAACCAAAUCCAAACCCUAAAGUGCGCCUCUCCCAAUUUCUUCUUCACUUUGAAGUUUGAGCAGAUCGGAUGGUUCGUUCAUCCAAGGUGGUCAAUGUGGGAACUAGAUCAGGGCUAAUUUCUGGGAAGUCAUAUGCGACGAGCAUGAAGUUGACAACACUGGAAAAUAUAACGGUGACUCCGACCUUCAGUUGGAGUGCAUCAAUGUCUACUACAAUGAAGCCAGUGGUGGAAGGUAUGUCCCACGCGCUGUUCUCAUGGAUCUGGAGCGCUAUUCUCAUGGAUCUGGAGCCGGGCACUAUGGAUUCCGUCAGAUCUGGUCCUUUUGGACAAACCUUUCGCCCCGAUAACUUCGUCUUCGGACAGUCUGGUGCUGGCAACAACUGGGCCAAGGGUUCUUACACGGAAGGAGCUGAGCUCAUUGAUUCUGUUCUUGAUGUUUUCAGGAAAGAGGCUGAGAAUUGUGAUUGCUUACAAGUUGAUUUCAAUUUUCCAAGGUUAGCAGAUUUUAGAGCUACAAUAUCUGGUGCAAACAAAUUGCAAUGCCAGCAAGUUAUUGAAGAGUUGGAUGUGCAUAAGCGGUUGCAACUUACACUGGAAUUAGUAAAAAAGGAAAUGGAAAUCAGCAAGAUUCAGGUCUAAAUCAUUUGAAGCAUACUUUUAGGACUCAAUUCCGAAAGCAAUCGAGGAAAAGAUAAGUGGUGAACAACGCUGAUACUUGUUGAAUGAGCAGCUUAAGGCAAUAAAGAAGGAACUUGGGUUAGAAACAGACGACAAAACUGCACUUUCAGUUACUCAAAGAGGGCAGAUGCUACUGAGGAUUUGCAAGAAGCCAUGGAUGUAUUUUUCUUUGGUCACACAUGGAGUGAUAAGUAAAGUUUUCUUUUGUUGUUUCACCACUACGGAAAAUUAAGGUGAUGUUUUUAUUAUUAGACUAAAAAUAAGGACGACAUUGAGAAAUGAAAUAUGUAGCCAAAAUUUUGUUCCCUGUGUAAGUAACAUAUACUCGUACAGUUCAAUCAAUUCAGCGCUGCAAGAAAACGGAAGCGAAUGUAUAAUAACCGUGUAUUGUAGUACUGAUUUUUGUUAUAUAUUAAUGAAAAGAAUAUGUGUUCUUUUA